GAUUGGUCCUUCUGGAGCUGGGCAGAGAAAAAUACAAGGCCAUGGAAGAAUACGUUGAAGGAUAUAAAAGAAAGUAAUAAGAGAAUCAAAUGGAAGGACAGACUGCCCUAUGCUUGCUGGAGUGGUGAAACAACAUUUGCCCGGAUCAAGAGGGACCUUGUUAUGAAGUGAAUGUCUCUGAAGAGAAUGACUGGAACACCCACGUCUAUGUCCAAGAUUGGAAACAGGAAAAAAAACUGGCGUUCAAACACUCAAAUAUAGAAGACCAAUGUACCCGCAGAUACAAGAUAUAAGUAGAAGAAUGGGCAUGAUCUGUCAGUGAAAAAUAUAUUCUAGCCUGUGAUUCUAUGACCUUGUACAUAAAAUCUAGCUACUUCGACUUCUUCAGGAGACGGAUGCAGCCACUACAGCACGAUUGGCCUAUCAGAGACGACACCAUGUGUGCUUCACUCAAGUUUGCCGUUGAAUGGGGCAACACUCAUGCGGAGGAGGCUAUGACCAUUGGAGAGACUGCCACCAAACUUGUCCAGGAGGACUUGAAGAUGGAUUAUGUCUACGAUUACAUGUUCCAUGUGGUAGACGAGUACUCGGAACUCGAGAGUGUUGUUGACAAAAUGUUCCCCCUUGUGAACACAUGGACUUUCCAUGUGGUAAAAUCUCUUCACUGACUUAGCUAGUUGUAGGCUAGGAAUUGCCCUGGUUGAAAUCCUGCAAAAUUGCAUGACCUCAUUGAUGAGGCAAAGAAAAAGGUGCACGGGUGGUUGGCUCUCUCCCUAUAAAUACCCAUGCAAAGCUAAAGGUAGCAAGCAAGAGAAAUUGAGAAGAGCUAAGUGAAUAAGUGCCCUUGUGGGAGAAAAGAAAGAGAAAAAUUGUGAGAUAAGCCUUGUGAACAUUGAGAGAAAGUAUUAGGAGCAAUUUGGAAGUUUUUAUAUAUUGAUAUUAGGGUGUUGAGACUUUUUUAAAUAAAAGUGUUUAGUUCUA